AUGUUGUUCAAGUCUGCCUAUCCCGACAUACACGUACCACACGACCUCACCCUAUGGCAAUGGCUGUUUGACUCACCCUCGCCCGCCGCCGGGUGCUCGAGGCACGACACAGCGGGAGAAGAAGCGCGCGAGUACAUCAACACGCAGACAAAGACGCGCCUCACCCACGCGCAGGUCCGCGACGCUGCGGCGGCCCUGUCUGCGGCGCUGGUCCGCCGCCACGGCCUGCGGCCCGGCGACGUCGUGUCGCUCGUGUCCCCCAACGCCGUCACGUACCCCAUCUGCCUGCACGGCGUGAUCCGCGCGGGCGGCGUGCCGGCCGUCUCGUCGCCGGGCGCCAACGAGGCCGAGAUGCGGCACGCGCUGCGGACGGUGCGCAGCCGGUUCGUGCUCUGCGCGCCGGGGGACACGCUGGCGGUGGUGCGCGCGGCGGCGCGCAGCGAGGGCAUCGACGAGAAGCGCAUCUUUGUCUUUGCGGACGAGGAGGAUCGUGCGGAAGACGGGGCGUUUGUCUCGUUGAGUGCGUUGGUGGAAGAAGGGACGAGGAUGGGGAGGAUGGAGGCCGUCGGUCUGCCGAGGGGCAAGACGAACGCAGAGGUGCCGGCGUUUUUGUGCUUUAGCAGUGGUACGACGGGCCUGCCCAAAGCAGUCAUCGUCUCGCACGCCAACAUUAUUGCGCAGUGCCUGCAGCUUAACCUUGCGUAUACCCACAGCCGCACGGCCCUCGGUCUGCUUCCAUUCUACCAUAUUUCCGGCCUCGUGCGCGCCCAGGUCCACUGCCUCGUCAGCAACACCUCCAUCGCCGUCGUCCCGCACUUUUCCAUGCCCGCGCUGCUCUCCGCCGUGAGCGCCCACCGCAUCGCCGAGGUGAACCUGGUGCCGCCCAUCCUUAUCCGGCUCGCGCACGACCCCACCGUCGCCGACUACGACCUCUCGUGCGUCGAGCGUUGGGCGACGGGCGCCGCGCCCGUCAGCCCCGAGGUGCUCGGCCUGCUCGCGCGGCGCUUCCCCGGCACCGGCUUCAAGCAGGGCUACGGCAUGACGGAGACGACGGCCUGCGUGACAACUCACCCGCAGCACCUGUACGACUUUAAGCACGGCCGCUCCGUCGGCACCCUCGUGGCGGGGAGCGUCAUCAAGGUGGUCAACGAGGACGGCGUGGCUGUCGGCGUUGGGGAGCGUGGCGAGAUCCGCGUCAAAGGCCCGCAGAUCGUCCCCGGCUACUUUCGCAACCCCGAGGCCACCGCUGACGCCUUUGACGACGAGGGCUUCCUGUGCACCGGCGACGAGGGCUCCGUCGCUGCCGACGGCCAGCUCACCAUCCACGACCGCAUCAAGGAGAUGAUCAAGGUGAAGGGCGCGCAAGUCGCCCCCGCCGAGCUCGAGGACCUGCUGCUCGGCCACGCCAGCGUCGCCGACGCCGCCGUCAUUGGCGUCCCGGACGACUAUGCCGGCGAGCGGCCCUUUGGGUUUGUCGUGCUCCGUCCGGGCGUGGACAGCGCGAAAGCGCCCGAGGACUUGAUGCAGUACGUCAAGGACACGAGGACGCGAAGCAAGUGGCUCGCGGGGGUGCGGGUGGUCGAGCUGAUUCCCAAGAGCCCGAGCGGCAAGAUUCUGAGGAGGAUCCUGCGGGAGGAGUACAAAAGGGACUCGAAAGCGUCGAGGGCAAAGCUAUAA